AUGAAAAGCCAAAGAGAAAAAUUAAAUAUGAAAAUAAGUAAAAAAAAAAGUCCACCCAAGAAAAUAGUGGAUAGCAUUAGAAAGGAAUUGACUAAUCCUAAUUUUCCCUAUAAAAACAUUGGUUUAAGACCGGAUGCUACCCCUUUGGAAAAGAAUAAAUACGGAAUUUGCCAAAAAAUACUAGCCUACAAGCAAGAUAAUGAACUAAAUACGGAGGAAAUAGCCGAAAAUAUUCAAUUGACUACCCCAGAAACCGAAGAUAUUUUUUUUGCUCGAAUUGAUAAGUUUACUUUGGAUAGAUUAAUGGAUUAUGCUACUAGAUUAGGAAUUAUUUUACAAAUAAAGGAGGAAAAACCAACUUCUGCUGAUCUAGGGAGAACUUCACGGAAUGAUAUUCAUGUCCUUCGUAAAUUUAAUGGUCGAGUAAGAAAACACCUUUAA